AUGGGCUCAGGUCUUUUCCCGAAGAGGCAAAAUGGCGGUAAACCCUCGCGUCGCAAGCCGCCUCACACAUGCAAAUAUUGCGCCACAGCUGUGAUAACGCCACCGGCAGAGUCUCGCCAAAAAGUUGUGACGGAAGAACCUACUACUACUACCUGGUUAAAUACGUUUCCGCACAGCAUGGAAGACGUGUUCGAAGCAGCCGAUUUCGGAUGCCCUUUUUUCAUGUGGCUCUGGGACCAGAUCCUAAGGUCAGGGACUAGCGGCGAGCAACUUUUGCGGACAAGAAUCGCGCUCCUUAUCCAGUUUGCCAGUGGGGACCGAAAAGAUGCCUUUCGAUGCACUGUCAAUAUUUCAACCCAUCAUUAUACCUGGAACCCAAACCCUGCAAUAUUCGACCUUGUGUCCGACGCGUGGGACCCCACUGCGGAAGAAGCUAUUGAGCGGACGAUUGACGGUGGCGUCUUUCAUGAGAGCGGACUCGCCCAAAUACGUCGUCGGCUGGACGUUUGCUUUGAGUCACACGCAGAUUGUCAACAGGAGCCGGGCGUCCGGCCCUCUCAGUUUUUAUACGUCGAUGACCUGCAACAUGACACAGUUAGUCUGAAGGCGAUAGACCAAGCCAGUAGCCAGCCUUACAUCGCCCUUUCAUAUUGCUGGGGCGUGGACCAACCCAUCAAGACAACCCGUUCGAACUGGACGAGCCAUACGGAUCAGAUUAACGUUGAUUCACUUCCGAAAACCAUUCAAGAUGCUAUCCACGUAACCAGGUCUCUGGGAUUCCAUCUCCUCUGGGUCGACAGUCUCUGCAUCAUUCAGGAUGCUCCUGAGCUUCUGGCGAGGGAAGUUGAUAACAUGGCACACUACUACACCGGUGCAGCCGUCACCAUCUCGGCAGCUGCAUCAAAGAGCUGCCAGGACGGGUUUCUGCGGCCACUGUACAAAAAAGAAGACCCCAGUCUACCCGUAUUCCAUCUGCCUGCACAUUUGAACGAGUCCAGACAUGCCAGGGACUCGCACUUGAAGCUUGUCCCACCCCAAGACCUGAAGGAGCACAUUGACAGCAGAGGCUGGACACUACAGGAGUCCAUGCUGUCCACUCGUCUGGUCACUUUCGGUGCUCGUCGCAUAAGCUGGUCCUGCAGAACAAAAACAUAUGGGCACAGCGUGGGUCCUGCCAUUCUCCGACAACAAGUCUUGGGUCUGCACAGAAAUGCCGAGAGCAGAUACCAGCGGUUACGGGACAGAUUGACCAUAACCGCGCAUGACUCCCCAGAGCGGUUAAUUCACAUGAACCACCACGACGGCCCUUUCUUCCAGCUGUGGUCGGCAAUCAUAGAAGAAUACUCCUCUCGCAGCCUCACCGCCCCUGAAGACCGGUUGCCGGCGAUCUCUGGCAUUGCGAAGAUGAUGGAGUACAUGUUCCGGCCUCCGACCAGAGGGAGAAACAUUUACAUGGCAGGAUUAUGGGAUAAAAGAGACCUACCCAUCCAGCUGCUGUGGAUGUCGAAAACAUCGCAGGCACCGCGGCCUCCUGGCGCCUACAUCGCACCGUCUUGGUCAUGGGCAAGCGCCUCAGGCCCGGUAUACUGGAGAAUACCACAGCGAAUGCUGACAAGCAAGGAAAUCGCCCCUUACGACUGGACGUCCAGGUCGGAGGUGCAAAACGUGUCUAUGCAGUAUGCCAACGACAACGCGCCGUACGGAGCCGUCGUUGGGGGAUCCAUCACUUUGAGCGGCUUCACGUUUGACCCGAGCCAGGUAAGCCCGGGCGAUAUCCAGCUCAGGUUCGACACAUAUGGCGAGGUGAUUCCCUUGGACGCAGUGGACUGGUCGUUCUGGUGCGAAGUUGGCGAUCUUCUCUGCGUCCACUUGUUCAGUUACGAACCGGACGUGGAAGACAAGCUUCAAGGCUUUCCUCACGGCCUCAUCCUGGCAUCCAACGACGACGGUACGUAUCGUCGCGUGGGCGUCUACAUUAACCAUAAAUGGGAGCAGACGCCAACGAAAGAUCGGCAUUACGAUCGCGACAUAAUCAUCGUAUAA